AUGUAUCGAAAUCGUGUGUGCAGUGUCUUGUUGAGGAGAUUAGAACCAAUACUUGUGCUGGUGCACAGUAGUACCAGCACAAGUAUUGGUCUUGCUCAGCUGUCUCCGUUGUCAGUGAAUACAGCAAGCUACAAGAUGAGGGCGUGCGGCGCCGUUGCUCAGCCGUCUGCAGUGAUCAGCCACGACGGCCUUAGCGUGAGUGUGCUGUGCCAGCGCGGGCUUCCGCUGGAGCGAUGCCGCGUGGAAGGAGCGUCGCCCAAGUCUUCAAAUGAUUCCAAAGUAUAUGUUUCAUCAACGGGUCAGCUAACAACUUAUGGAAUUAGUGACAGGUUUCCGAAUGAUGAAGAAUUUAUAUUAAAUGAUAAUGACACAUUGGCUGCUACUUGUGCAUUUCCUGAUUUUCCACCACCAAGCUACAUGUCUUGGUAUUUGGGUGAGUAUGGCGAAGUCGUGGUGUGGCCGCGUCCAGCAAUUGUGGUGGCGCCGCCUAUGACUGUGGCGCGUCAGGGCGACAGGGUGACGGUGGUGUGCCAUGCAGAGAGCGCGCUCAAGUUCUGUCGCAUCGAGAAGUUGGCGCCCAACGUGGGGCCUUCACGCCGCUCGUGGUACCUAAACGAGAGUCUCCCUGCGACGCAGGAUAGUAUUAAGUACGCGGGCAGCGGGCUGAGCCAAGGUGAUUGCGGUUUUACGGUGGAACGAGUCACAAUUGCUUUUAACGCCCAGUUUCGCUGCGUUGUGGGCUUCUCCAACCAGCCAGAUGAAGGCAUCGCCGACUUCAACAUCAGUGUCGCA